CGUCGGAAUACUUUUUGCAGGUGCUCCCGCCGCCGUGUUUCAUCGUGCCGAGGUUAUUCCUGAAGGCUACCUUCCAGACGACGUAUAGCUCCACCAAUAGAUUAGCAGCCUCGCUGGGAGAGAUAUACCUCGGCUAGACCUGAACGGAACAGGUACAAUGAAGAAAACCUCUUGCUCUUGGCCUUUUAUAUUUGUGUUUUUGAAUUUGGCUUUCACUGUUAACUGUGUAAACUGUAAAGUGUGAGUGACACUAAAAGUAUUUGUUGGGUACUGAUGACAAAAAAGCAUGCUUGUUUCUUGUUUGUUAAGUAUAGGUACUAGGUACUAGAUUGUGAGAUUGUGUGCGGGUGCGUGUUAUGUUGGAACCCCAUUUCCUUGUAUCGUAAGUCGUAACCAAUGAAUUUGCGGGACCUGUGAUGCGCCUCAAUUAGCCUUGUGCCAGUAUUCAUCUGAAAAGUAACUGAGCUAGUAUGAAACCGUGGAUUCUCUGUCAUUUGUUAUAGUAGCUCUUUUCUUUGGUAGUUCGAACCACCCAAAUCAUGAGAGUUUCUAGUUCUGAAUGGGAGAUAGGAUCUUGUUAUGCUACUUCUUCCUGCUAAAAUAUAAUCUGCUACUGUCUUCCACAUGCUCUCUGGUCUGUUAUGGGGGCGAGUGGGUUGGAUGCUCGUCAAUCGGUGCUAAUUUUACCCCCCAUAUCAUCACUGCUAAUUCCGGGGAGGAUGUUACCAUGAAGAUAAUAUCGUUUUCUCAGCAAGGACCACGAGCUAUAUGUAUUGUGACACUUCGUCAACCUGAUUCUUCCGGAGGUACACUGACAUACGAGGGACGGUUUCAAAUUCUGUCUUUGAGCGGAUUAUUCAUGCCAAAUGAUAAUGGUGGAACACGGAGCAGAUCCGGUGGCAUGAGUAUUUCCUUAGCAAGUCCGGAUGGACGUGUUGUAGGCGGCGGAGUAGUUGGUCUAUUGGUUGCUGCAAGUCCUGAGCAGGUAGCUACUAUGCACUCCCAUUAGCAGUUAGUUAGUUAGUUAGUUGCGAGUGCAGGGCAAUGACAAUGUUCAUCAAUUCAUUGAUAUACAUCCUCCCCAGGUUGUGGUAGGCAGUUUUCUCGCAGGCAAGCAAACAGCAAUCAAACC